AUGGAACUCACAAGAUUCGAUUAUAUUGCCUAUGCUUCCGAGAAAGUGAUUAAGAAAAUUAUUAAAGGGUUGCACACAAGCUUAGAAGUGAAUAUCAAGAAUCACAGCACUUUAUUACUUCAUCAGCCCGAAUUUUUUACGACUAGUAAUAUUAAUGAUUUAGCGGUGGAUGACAUUGGUUCUUCAAAAACAGAUACUGCAAAAAUUUCAGGAGGGAUAGUAUCAAGAGGCAUACUAUCAUUUGAAGUCAAAACCAAAAUGAAAAGAGGAAAGAAUUCGAUAACCGUCUCCAUAAUGAAUAAAAAACCAGAAAGGAACAGUAGCCAAAAAAUAUACGGAAAAUUACAUACAGAUGAUAAACGAAAAUAUGCCGGAGACAACAUUGAUUUUAAUGACCCAUAUUAUCGAAUAUCUGGGAGCAUUACUGACGGGUAA